UCUCUCUCUCUCUCUCUAUAUAUAUGCAUUCAUUGAGCUUAAUUGGGUUAAUUUGUUGAUAGUUGUUUGAGAGAGUACUAUAGUGAAGAAGAUGGGGAGACAACCAUGCUGUGACAAAGUAGGGCUGAAGAAGGGACCAUGGACAGCUGAAGAGGACAAGAAGCUCAUUAACUUCAUCCUCUCCAAUGGCCAAUGCUGUUGGAGAGCUGUCCCUAAACUCUCAGGAUUGUUAAGGUGUGGUAAGAGUUGCAGGCUGAGAUGGACAAACUACCUUAGGCCAGACUUGAAGAGGGGUCUCUUAUCAGACUAUGAAGAGAAGAUGGUUAUUGAUCUCCAUGCUCAGCUUGGCAACAGAUGGUCCAAGAUUGCUUCUCAUCUUCCAGGAAGAACAGAUAAUGAGAUCAAGAACCAUUGGAAUACCCACAUCAAGAAAAAGCUGAGGAAGAUGGGGAUUGAUCCUCUCACCCACAAACCACUGCCUACUCCUCCAACUGAUCAUGAUCAACCCCAACAAGAACGACCACAAGAAGAUCAACAACCACCACUGCCAUCUUUAACUUGUAAAAUCUCUGAAGUGGCAGUGGGUCAAAACAGUGAAAUAGAGACAUCAUUUGAGUCAUCCAUUACUGAAGAGGCCAAACACAAAGAAAAAGAGGAAGACAUAAACAUAGAAGGCCCAUUUGACUCAUUAAUGGAUGUCAAUAAUGGGUUUUGCACAGAUGAUAUCCCAUUGAUUGAACCCCAUGAGAUCAAUCUGCUACCACCAUGUACUACUGCUCCUUCAAUAUCAUCAACAACCACAACAUCUUCAUCAUCAACAUCAUCAUCAUCAGCUUCGUCUUCUUCUUCCUCUUAUUCUUCAUCCAACAACAACAUACUUGAAGACUUGGACUUACUACCAAACUUUGACAGCUGGCAAAGUGACUUGAGCAACAGCUUGGUUUUCUGGGAUGAUGAUGACUUCAUCAGCACUUUUGAUUUGUGGAUUAAUGGUGGUGAUAGUGACAGGAAUCUAAGCUCAACUGUUGAUGACCAUCCUCCUACCACCCAGUAGUACCCAAGGAUGGUUCUUGAUCAAAUCUUGGAAAUUUAAUCCCUUUCCCUGGAGAAAUUUUUGUAUGUUGGGAUAGUAGCAAGUGGAAUUGUCAAGUGGUAUCUUUUACUAAUUACAAAUACAUUCAAUCACAAUAAAAAAAAAUAUCACUUGGCACCCAAAAAUUCCUCCUUUCGUUGUGCUUUCAAAAGGGCUUCUUUGUAAUUUGGUUGUUAGUUGCUGCUGCAGUUAAAAAAAGCCAAGAAAGUUAAUACCAAAAAACAAAAAGUCAAGAAAGUUGGGCAAACAGGGCCCACCUUUUGUUUUUACUGCUA